AUGUUGACGAACAGCGAGGAGCACUUUAUCGAGCACUUCUACUACAGCGCCGAGUGCCUGGAGGCGGACAGAGCCGAAUCGCAUGGCGAGCAGAGUCUCGGCAAUCUGCAGGAUCAGCUGGAGCAGUUCAUGAGCCAGCAGCAGGACAGGGAUUUCAGCGGCAGCGCGGACAGUCUGUCCGACGGCACCAAUAGCUGCUCCCUGGAGCUGUACUACGAUACGCCCGCGGUGCUGGAGCUGGAGCAAAUGCUCAGCGCGCAGACCCAACUGCAGCAGCAGCAGCAGCAAAUGGGCGCCUCCAAGUUCCAGACAAAGGCCGCCAAAUACUGGCACAAGACGGCGCGCAGCAGACCCUACGAUGCCACGAGCAGCAGCUGCGGCAGCUCCUAUCCCGGCGCAGCUUGUGAGGAGCAGGAGGAGCGCGACGAUUGCGGUCCAGAUGUCCUGCGCAAGCGUCGGCUGGCGGCAAAUGCACGCGAGCGUCGCCGGAUGAACAGCCUCAAUGAUGCCUUCGAUAAGCUGCGGGAUGUGGUACCAUCGCUGGGCCAUGAUCGACGUCUCUCCAAGUACGAGACAUUGCAAAUGGCGCAGGCGUACAUUGGGGAUCUGCUCACGCUGCUCUCCAGGGACUAUUGA